AUGGUGUCUUUCAAGCUAUGGCCUCGCAGUGCGCCCAGCGAUGAUUUCCGUUCCAUGGACGAGAAAGCCCUGGUGCGCCGUCUGGAUAUCUUUCUAAUGACUUUCGGUUGUCUCUCACAGGUUAUCAAAUAUCUCGAUCAACAAAAUAUCAACAAUGCGUAUGUCUCUGGCAUGAUGGAGGAUUUGAACUUACACGGCAACGAGCUCAACCUAUUCACAACUUACUUCAAUGUCGCCUACUGCAUCAUGCUCAUUCCGUCCCAGAUUAUCCUCACCUACGUACGACCAAGUUAUUGGCUUCCGGGCUUGGAAAUAAUUUGGGGUGUGUUGACUGGGCUGAUUGCUAUGGCCAGCAAUGCAAAACAAGUAUACGUUCUUCGCGUAUUCCUCGGCCUAUGCGAAAGUAGCGCUUGGCCUGGGAUGAUGACACUAUUUAUGUACUGGUACACACCAACAGAACUCGCCAAGCGAAUGGGCUUCUACCAUUCCUGCCAAGCGGUAGGACAAAUGCUGUCGGGUGCCAUGCAAGCUGCCAUCUCUGAUACUUUGAACGGGCACGGCGGACUAGCAGGAUGGCGCUGGCUCUUCGUGAUCAACGCGAUCAUCACCGUUGUAUGGGGAUUCGCCGGAUUCUUCAUGAUCCCCGAUUUACCGAAUAGGCCCAACCCGCGCGCAUUCUGGUUCAAGAAGAUGCACGGCGAAUUAUCGCUGGAGCGACUUGCUCGUAACGGACGCGCCGAGCCUAAGCGCAUGACCUGGGCCGGUGUUAAGCGCACAUUCUCCGGAUGGGUUGUCUACUUCAUUUCGAUUCUUUAUAUCGCGACAGUCCUUGGAACAUACGGAUAUGUCUAUUUCUCGCUAUUCUUAAAGUCACUUAAGAACCCAGACGGCACACCUAGAUGGACCGUGUCGCAGGUCAACGCCAUUCCUAUUGGAGGCUCAGCAAUCAACGUCGUCUUCGUUUGGAUUUGGGCCUUGUUGUCUGAUUACCUGAAAACUCGUUGGACUCUGAUCGUUCUCCAAGCUGUCAUCGGGAUCAUACCAUGCAUUGUUAUGAGUAUCUGGACAACACACCCAGACACCGUUGCCCUAUCAGCCGCCUACGCAUCAUAUUUCAUCUCCUACAUCUGCCUCGGUACAGCGCCGCUCAUCUUUGCAUGGCUUUCUGAUCUUAUCCCGCAGGAUCCAGAAGCCCGGUCGCUUGCUGUUGGAGUCGCAGUUGCUGGGUACUACUCUAUCUCUGCAUGGUCGCAGGUUCUUGUAUGGCCUGCCUCCCAAGCUCCUUUCUAUAAAUAUGGAUGGCAGUCUGCCUUGGCUCUGCUCGUGCUUGUUAUUAUCAUGACUUGUAUCUUGCGCUUUGUUGAUGUGCGAUAUCUGUUGCCUCAACGUGAGGAGUUCCGCGCUGCGCUGGAGGAUGACAUUGCAGCUGGUAAAGCAACUUCAUCAGCAGUCGUUGAUCAGGAUAGCCCAAGUCAGCGGAGAGAUGGGCCGUCUAAGACUGGUCACACAACAACUGUGGAUGAGGUCUAG